AUGUGGGCAGGAACUCAGUUAGACCUGGGAGCCAAAGCCAUCAAGGUAUGUGGGUGGAGGGGGGGCGGUGUGCUUCUAAGUGCAGAGGAUGUCCCAGGCUCUUACCAUGAGGCACUUCUUCAUUCCCUCAGAGGUAGGGGGUGUCUCUCCAUGAAAAGUCACAUGAUGUUCCUGAGGGGAGCCCCUCGGCCCACCUCCUGCUUCACCAGCCCAGAUUUGUCACAGGGGGCCUUUUGUGAAGUCACAAAGCUGGCUGCCUCCUGCCAGGACCAGAGACCAGGACAGCCAAGGACUACUGGGCAUGACUUGGGGGGAUGGAAGUCUUCAUUCAGAAGUGGCCUUUGGACUCUUGACAGGGGUCUGGAGGGCCUCAGGUUGUAG